CCUUUUCUCUCGUUACGUCAUAUUUAGUAAUGUCAUGGAUAGGAUUUGGAACAUUACUAUCUGGAUAUGUCAAGUCGCCACUUCCUCUAAGCACAGAUGAGUGUCCUUCAAACAAUGUUUCUCUAACCAGCAGUUUUAAUUUUACUUCCGCUUUAAAAAUAUCGUCCUCAACACAAAUACCGGAAGAAAGCACCUUUGUUUUGUACAGAAUAUCCUUCAUGUGGUAUGCUUUGAUGGGUUUUCUCUUAACUCAAUUCUUGAUCAUCCUCAGUGUUCUAGUAACAGGAUGGAAAAACAAUGUUAUUCCGAAAGAUUCUAUUUGUCUUAGUCCAGUUACUCGAUUUUGGUUGAAUCGAGCGAAUUUGGACAAACCACUGGAAAUGAAACAGGGAAAAGAAACUAACGAUAUUAUUCCAUCAACGUCACAGAUGUGAACAAUUAAACCAUCAUUGUUCAUGUUUUUUUUUAUUUAUUCUCUGUUUUAUAUGAAUAA